CAUUUCGCGAGCAAGAUCUAGGUCCUGCACUUAAAAGACGAGCUAUAGUAGUAUACAAUGCAGACAUCCCUAGAUAUCAUCUAGAUAAUGGCAGUGAUGUAAGAAAGAUGCUAGAAAGCCAAAGAAAAGCUUUCCGAGAGUUGCUAGAAAAAGAAUUCGAUAGACAAUUUAAGUUUGCAUUAUCUUCACUUACCAAAUUCAUUAUGGGUGACAAACCUGGAAAUAAAGACUUGCAGAAUGAGGACGCCUCCACUCCUAGCCGUACGGCACAAAAGAGUUCGAAAAUCGAUUGGUUACGAAAUAAGCAAGUCAUAGUAUACAAUCGAUCAGAAAAUAGAUAA